AUGUCGAGUAAGGGAGCUGAAAAUCAGAAAGUGGAAGACAGAUAUUACAGUUGUGGGCAUGUAAUUGGGAUCGAUAUUGAUUCGUUGAAGAUUGACUAUGCUAGGCAUAAUGCUGCUAUUUAUGGGGUGGUUGAUCAAAUUGACUUUAUAGUUGGUGAUUUCUUCCUCUUGGCACCAAAGUUAAAGGCUGAUACCGUUUUCUUAUCUCCACCAUGGGGGGGACCUGAUUAUCUCAAGGCUACUACUUAUGACAUGAAGACAAUGCUUAGACCUCAUGAUGGUCAUACACUGUUUAGUGCUGCAAAGGAGAUUGCUUCCAGAAUUGUCAUGUUCCUUCCAAGAAAUAUCAAUUUCAACCAAUUGGCUGAGUUAUCUCUGUCAUCCAGUCCACCAUGGUCACUAGAGGUGGAGAAAGUUUAUUUAAAUAAUAAAUUGAAGGCCAUCACAGCUUAUUUCAGUGAUACAACAGUAGGAGGGUGCUAAGUUAAACACACUAACUUCUGCUGCAUAUUAAAUUAAGGGUACUCAUCCCCUGCGAGGAGAAAAAGAUUGACAAAGGGAAAAAAGCAAUGAGGUGGUUUUGAAGUUGUGCUUCUAGUAUCGGUACUUUUUCGAGGAAUUUUUAGCUCAAUCUUCAAUGUACCAAAAUAACUCUUGUUUCAGUUACAUUGUAAAAGCUGUGCAUACUGUAUUUACCCCUUUUCCCAAAUGAACUUGUACAUAUGACCUCUGUAACACUAGAUAUACAGAUAAAGUUAUUUGGGAAAGGUUUGUUGAUUGUGUAAUGAUGGGGGAAGAGAAUAGUACCCUCCACAGGUUAUAAAGAGGGAUUUCUUAGGAGAU